UCUUACCAAAUGCCCUACCUUCUAGGUAGCGAGAGCCGGAAUGAAUGCUGCGUGCUAUGGAUUCCACAAGGUCUCCACCACAGGUACACUUUUCACUACCUCGAGCUCGGAUAGUUUCCAUAGAGCGCGGCUAUGGCUUCACAGUAGUAGGGCUAGCGGCGGUGGAGGCGAAAAGAGAUGCCGGUUAAGCUUGAGGUGUUCCUCGUAUCAAAGCGAGCACAACUUUGGAAGAAGACCUCUAGCGGUAAUCGGCAGGAACAGUAGCAGCAGCAGCAGCAAUGACGGGAAGAGAGAAAUCCAGGCAACAAGAAAGCCAUGGCUUCGAGUUCUACGAGUUAGAAUGCGGCUAUGGCGGAGGUCGGUUAAGAGGCUCUUUUUGUGGUUCUCGGCCGCGAGAUUCUCGAGAGCUUUGAGGAAGAACUGGAGGGGUAUUUUGGGCGGAGGAUUUGUAGCAUGCCUCUUCACGGCCGGGAGUUUUUUGGUCCAGCUCUCGGCUGCUACUGCUCCGACCAGCGUUUCUUACUCGACUCUCAUUCAAUCACUGGAAGCUCAGCGUGUCCAGAGCGUUUUGUUCGAGGAGGGCUCAUCUCAAAUCUUUUUCAACAUGGUUGCCGAGAAAGUGGAAGCCGAGAAAGUGGGAUCCGGAGAAGAAGCAAACACCAUAGCUACUUCGAGCGUGAAGAGUGCUUCUUCUUCUUCUUCUUCUUCUUCUGGCAGAGGCAAAGGCACAGGAGAGAAAACUUGGCAGUUUUGUACGAGGAAGAUCCGGCACGACGAGAGCUACUUGCUGGGAUUGCUGAGAAAUGGAGCUGGCAACGUUGAGUAUAGCUCGGCUCCUCGAUCAUUCAGCUCGGUUGCUGCCUCGGUCAUCGGCACUCUCCUCACUUUGUGGAUCCCGCUCACUCCACUGAUGUGGUUGAUGCACCGGCAGAUCACUGGCAAGGCCGACAUGUCCAAGAAACGAAGGAAGAACAUCCAGAGCGUCAAGUUUGAGGAUGUUGCUGGAGUUGACACUGCGAAAGCCGAGCUUCUCGAGAUAGUGUCUUGUUUGAGAGGAGCCUCGAACUUCCGGAGCUUAGGUGCCAAGUUUCCAAAAGGAGUGCUGCUUAUCGGGCCUCCAGGAACUGGGAAGACGCUUCUCGCUCGGGCACUCGCGGGAGAGGCCGGAGUUCCAUUCUUUGCGGCCUCGGCGAGCGAGUUUGUGGAGAUGUUCGUGGGACGAGGAGCAGCGCGCAUACGAGAGCUUUUCACCGUGGCUCGGAAGCACGCACCGUCGGUGAUCUUCAUUGAUGAGCUCGAUGCUGUCGGAGGACAAAGAGGACGUGGUUUCAACGAUGAGCGGGACCAAACUCUCAACCAGCUCCUGACUGAGAUGGAUGGCUUCGAAUCCGGGACUGGAGUGCUCGUCCUCGCAGCUACAAACCGAGCCGAGGCGCUGGAUCCAGCGCUGUGUCGAGCGGGGCGAUUCUCCAGGAAAGUUUUCGUGAGGGAGCCCGACUUGGAUGGCCGGAGACAAGUUCUCGCUGUUCAUAUGAGGGGCGUUCGUGUAGAAGGCGAUCCGGAAGAGCUCCAGAGAUUUGUAGCGAGCAUCACGCCGGGCUUUGUUGGUGCCGACUUGGCAAACGUGGUGAACGAAGCAGCGCUCUUGGCCGCUCGACGAGGACAAUCUGCUGUCAAUCUCGACAACUUCAGAGAAGCGGUCGAUCGAUCGAAGUAUGGAAUUGGCCAAGAACCAAACUUUUUGAGCGAUUUUGAGAGGAAGGUGUGCGCUCUUGUCCAGAGCGUGAGAGGCGGAAAGGAAGAACGCUACGUUCAAAGCAACACAAUGUAAAGAAAGCCAAGGUUAUAUUAUUUUUUAUCACCCUUCAAACAAAAAGGUUUCAUUUGUUGUU